AUGGGUCAGCCUCGGGAAAAGCGUCCGGCUCCAUCUGCAGAUGACUCAUUGAGUUCUGACCCUAAUCUGGAUGAUGAACAAAAUUUCCGAACUUUAUUGGCUCAAGUGGUCGCUGACAAUAAAGUGCUCAAACAAGCCUAUGAAGAUUUGAACUCCCGUUUGUCUCAAUUUCUAGAGAUAAACUCUGGUCUCGUCGCUGAGAAUUCUCGUCUCGUAUCCGAAAAUGAAGCUCUACGAAACCUCAAUCGCUCACUUCAGCAAAAUACUCGCUCCUCUACACCAGCCAAAUCUUCGCCAACGCUGCCUGACAACCUUGCCCGACUUUCAUCUCAAGUCAAAAUGACCCAUGAGCUUGCGUCAAUGAGAAAAAAAGCUUUCAAGCAGUCAUAGAACGCCUUGACGACUCAAAAAAACUCCUGCCCAGGACAAGAACGACAGAGAUUUCGUCGACGCCAUAUGUGCUGAAGCCGGUAUUCCGUGCCCGGAUGAAGUUUUUUUCGACACCAGUGUGAUGCCAAACGCAGGCCGCUGA